UCUCCAACGAGGGUUUUAUUUGCACCACCGAUGCCCAAGAGUUCUUCCCGAACCGGCUCUGGGUCUCCUGAGGAAAAGCAACCAUUACGGCGGCGGAGAGGAGCCGGGGGGCUGGAGGGGCGGGGGGGGAGAACGGUUCAUCUGCCUCCCUCCUCCCGUUCGCCUCGACUCAAAUUUCUCCCUCAAGCUUCUUGUCCGCGUCCCUCGUCUCCUCGUUGCCUCGGGGGCCUCUGAGCGACUCCCCGGGAGCUCGAGGGAGUCGGACAGCCCUGGUGGGAACAUGCACUUCAGGGGCAGCGCUCCCGCGUUGCUGCUGCUUCUCUGUCAGCUGGAGGUGAGGGGGCGGGAGCCGGAGUACCUGCAGGAGGCUCUCCGGGCUUUGGAUCUCCCCCCGGGCACCGGCGAAAAGCCACGGCUCCAAAAGAACCACACGGGUGUCCUGAUCGGCGAGCUGCUGCGGGCGGUGCACUGUGCGGAGCGGACCGGCGCCUCUCAGGACGUCUGUGGCGAGUGCCUGACCUCAGAAGUAGCUCUCUCUGUCCUGGAGGAUGAUGGGACAGCUUACAUCACCGAGGAGGACUACCACAGGAUCUCCACCGUUCUGCUGUACUACAUAAUUAAUCUGCAAGACCUUUGUGUGUCAAACGCUGCCAAAUCCUCCUCCUCCUUGUCCUUUGAGAACUAUCAGUUCUACCUUUUGGCCCUCACCAAUCUGCACCCUGCUGAGAACAACCUCUUCUUAUCAUCCAGAGAAGCAGAAAGUAUUCUGCAGCUCAUUAACGAGCACUACGAGCCCUCCAAUCAAAAUGCCUCGGCUGAUUUGCAAUGUGUCGAUGCCGCUCACCUCCUCGAGGAUGCCAACGUCCAUGAAAGUGCAGGUGCUGGUGUUUCCUCUGUGCCCAAACUGGCGGCCGCCAUCAUCAGCCACGUCCUGCAGGGACACUGCUUCAGACGGAGCAGCCUCCCGUCUCCUGCUUUCUUUACCGACUACAUCUUCCAGUCCCUGAGUUGCACAAGGGACCUGCAGGUAAAAGACUUGGAGGAGUUGCUUCAUCAGCUGGGAGUGGGACAGGAAGCAGCGUCACACUCUCACAACAGGAAGAGGCGGAGUUCCCAGAGAGGGGGCGGGCCCCCGGCGGCUGCCUGCAACCGUGAAACUGGUGGAAUAACCAGGGACUGGGCCCAGGUGUGUUAUUCAGCCGAUCAGAUGUUGGAUAUUUUCGUCCUGAAUCCUCAAUCACCAAUUUCCAAGGAGCACUUCAGGCAAAUGUGCCCUGCCAUCAUUCAGCAGUUGCUAGGCAAUGCCUGCGAGUCUGCGGAGCGGAACAGAAGAGAAUCUCCGCCCACCGCGCUUGAGAGGUACGGCUACAGCACGGCGGCCGUCCUGCUCAUCACGGUGGGCUCCAUGCUCGGCAUCUGCCUGAUCUUCUUCAACUCCUGCCAGGAAACCUUCACGCUCAUCCUGCAGCUGUUUGUGGGCUUGGCGGUGGGAACCCUCUCGGGAGAUGCACUCCUGCACCUCCUACCGCAGGUCCUCGGCCUCCACCGUGACACUCACGGUCACGAUGAGGAACACUCCACGGAAGAGAAAGAGUAUCUGUGGAGGAUUCUGGCCGUGGUCGCGGGGAUCUACGGCUUCUUCCUCAUUGAGAGAAUCUUUUCCCUUUUCUCGUCUUCUCGUGGCCACGGUCACAGUGACCUUCCCUUGGAGCUCAACUGCAACGGCCAGUCACAGAGGGGCAAGUCCAUCUCCACCAUACAGCUGGGACCAGUGGACGACUUGGAGAGUGCAGAGGCGUCACCUGAACACGUUGACAGAAGGAGCCCUCCACCACAGAGACGAGGGGUUCCUCUGCUGGCUGUGAUGGUAACCGUGGGCGACAGCCUCCACAACUUUGCCGACGGCCUGGUCGUCGGGGCGGCCUUCUCCUCUUCGCCCGAGACCGGCAUGGCGACCACCGUGGCCAUCCUCUGCCACGAGAUCCCGCACGAGAUGGGGGACUUUGCCGUGUUGUUGAGCUCGGGACUCUCGGUGAAGACGGCCGUGCUGAUGAACCUCCUCAGCGCGCUGACGGCCUUCAUGGGGCUCUACAUCGGCCUCUUUGUUUCCGCAGACAUGGAGGUGCAGCGGUGGAUCUUCGCCGUCACUGCUGGGAUUUUCCUCUACUUGUCACUGGUGGAAAUGCUUCCUGAGAUGACUCGAGUGCAGAGCGACAGGCCGUGCCUCAUGUUCCUCCUGCAGAACCUCGGCCUGCUGAUGGGUUGGGCCUGUCUCCUGCUCCUCGCACUCUUUGAACAUAAACUCAAAUUGUAAAUGCCGCUUACGUGAGUCGUGGGGUAAAAAACGGGCGAGUCGUUCAUGAUGUUGUAGUCUCAGCACUGGAUGGUAAUUGUAUUUUAGCUGUAUGAAUCCUUUCUCUUUUUUUAUACUUGAUGAUUUAUUUUUGUAUGAUAGGAAUCUAGACAGUUAAUUGUUUAAUACUCUAAAAAUGACCUUAUUUGGCCGAUUCUAGUACAAUUUUGUUCUAUUGAAUAUGUAUGCUGCAUUAGACCAAAUCAAGCAUUCCUCACAAGCAAAAUAUAAAGUUUUGUAAAUUCA